GACAGCUGCUGGUUUGGUAGGUCCACUUCCUGCCAUGGGAACCCCAUCAUCCCUAGGCCUAUCCUUGAAGCAUUUCCCGGGCGAGUUGUUGCAGAACGUUCGCCUGCCUCGACUAGACCGCCUCUUAUUACCAAGUCACGAUCUCUUUGCCAGUCAGUCGUUAAGCGGCCAAUCAGUGCACGGCUUAGUCACUCCGCCCACCAACACCAACUAUACCUGCGCGUUACGGCGCCGUUGUGAUGCCACAUCGCGGUGAGGGUGAGGAGAUAACCAGGCGAUGUGACGUUAACAAGUACGCAUGAGUGUAAGGUUUUGCGAAGUUGCCGAGCAUGUGUGUACAGGUAGUACGAAAUUAUACAUGCCAGAUGUUCGCGCGUGACGGACUCACUUGAUAUUCUAUCUCAUUUUGACCGAUUUUCGAGUGCAGUCGAUACACGUAGUUUGCGUAUGCACUUAAUUCUCGCACGUCAAGUUUUCAGUGCUCUGUGUAAUUGCUGUGUUUGUUUGGAUGUUGCAGACGCACGCCAUCAUCUCGUUGCAAUCAUCAAGGGCAUUAAGGAUCAGUGUCCGUGACAUACAAAUAUAAAAAAAAAAUGUGUAGUUAUUACACAGCUGUGGUUGUCGAGGAGUCACAGGUUUGACACGCCGUGUGGGCAAGGCGGUCUGCGGUUGAUGUCACACCGUACAGGAGUCGCUGAUACGCAAGCCCAGCCAAGAAAAAAAUUACUCAAUGGGCAGUCACUGCGUGACAUCAUCCACUGUGCCGGUGACAUGCUCGACGAGCGAACGGCACUGCUCGUGUGUCAACGGUUGGGCAACAACAGCGCCGACACUGGAGCCGAAAACACUCAACAGAGUGAAGAGGCGACGGCACACGUUUAUGGAGAGACACUGCACUCAUGCGCAUGCAUGUAUUCCAAGUCUGCUCAUCAAGUGACGUUCGUGUUGAUUUUUUAAAUUGCUUGAGCUCUUGUUUUCGGAUGGAUGGUUCUAGACAUUCGACACGGCUUCAGUUGCUAGUGCGUUGCUCGACUCUAGCCAGAGUGUCAUUUCCGACCAGAAAGACUAGUUGACUAUGAACUGCAUGUAGCUUGACAGCUGGGAAUAUUGGACCAAGAUGCCUUUUGAAAGUCUUGAGAAUUAAUUAGAAAGUACUGUAAACAGCACAACGAGUGACAUGUCCGUUCAGAGUGUGUUCCACUCGCCACACGAUAUGAUUGUGCGCUUGUUUACAUGAUUUUGCUAAGACGUUAGAGCCAAACGGAGUAACUUAUCUACACUUACUUUCCUGCAAACUCAUCUACAUGUACAUUCGAUUUUUGAACAGAUGUGUCAGUUUCUACAUCCCACGUCAUUCACAAUGAUUAAAGAAGAUUAACGUGAGUUGGCGGACAGCGAGGAAUCUUCAAGGUAUUACGAGCAAAUGGCCGCUGUUAUCAAGAGUGUAGUCAGCGAUUGUUGUCUCGCCGUCAUUUCUGUUUUCUCCCGAGACUCGAGUUGCUCAAGUUGAUGGCAUUACGAUUUGCCGCAGAAAGUCUCCAGAGUUCAAGCUUCUUCCUGUUGUGAUGCCGAAUUGAUAAGAUUGCCGAUCUUUGUCGUUUAAGUCUUCCCGGAAACCAAGAGAAGUCCAGUGAAAUUGAAGAAUUUCUUCGCCGACGGACAGAGUCAGUCACACAUACAGAUGGAGGAAAGCUUGGCAACGCCUUACAGAGCAUAGCACUCGGUCGUUGCCGUGAAGUGCGUAGCCUAAUGACAAAAGCUUUCAUCUGAAUAAAACUACGUUAGUUGAAGACCUUGAAAGGUACAGACAAUUCUGGGUUCAGUUUUUUCUCAAUCUGUCUUUAAAUUCUGUGUUGGAAGGCACCUGACCUGUCUUGAAGCUUGCACUUUGCUGAAAAAAACGAACACUGAAGCAUACCAACGUUGAUACCAGCAGAAAUAAAUAAAUAAAGUUAUGCUCAUGUCAACAAGCUCGUGGCACUUGACGUGACUGUACUGCACGUACGAAAUAGCCUCCAUACUGUGUGAAGUGGAUAUUGGUCUCACCAAUCGCAUUAUUCGGUUACUGUGCAGUUCGGGAGAAAAUUACGAGUGACCCAUCUGCUGACCAUGGACAUCCGUUGGCUGAAGUGGUCAACACAACCCUGUUGACCAGCUGUUGUCAAUUUCUGCUUUCAGUGUGAUUACACGAACGUCGUCUUCGAUCGCCUGAGUCACUGGAGUCGCCGAUAAUAUUCUGUCGACAGCGCUAAUUGCGGGGCGACCGUACCGUUGGCAACUAUGAAUGAUGCCAGUGGUCCGAGUACCUACUGCAGCGACGAUCAGCGUGGAUUUUGCCUAGCAUCUCUCGGAGCAGCCAGCGAGCUAGCUGGUGGCGGCAGCGGUGGGAGCGUUCUUGGAAGCCAACGGCAUAGCUUCAGCGGUCUACGAGAAACCGCACUGACCCACUCUAUGAGUGCCGUGCUGCUCGGAACACUGGCUCUCUUCGUAGCCCUAGCUUCGGUGUUCGGCCGAUGGAUUAAGAGGUUAGUGUCAUUUUCACCCAAAACGCUCGCCCCGCCGAAGCUCUAUCACCAGAAUUCCCCCUUGUCACAAUACCUUCGCGCGCACUGUUCGUCCCUCUCAAAGCCCUACUGCCCAACGUUUUGGGCGCGCAACGCGCACGUACAGACUCUCCUUGUUACCCUGCUGCCCCAAAAAUGGGUCAACCUCAGUCGGGAGUAUCUGCAGAUGGACGACGGCGGUGUAGUGGCUCUUGAUAUUGCCAGGCCCGCGGGCUGGACGCUGUAUAAGAACAGCCCAAUCAUGAUCAUCGUGCCGGAUUUGAAUACAGACUACCGUAGUGUGUCGGACUUGUCGUGGUUGGCCAUGCAAAAAGGUUAUCGGGUCAUGGUAUUCAACCGACGUGGCCACGGAGGAAUUCCGCUGACCACGCCCAAGCUUCAGAGUUACGGGGAUGCGUCUGACUUGAGAGAAGUGGUAACGUACAUCCACCAAAGCUACCCGGACGCCAAACUCAGCGCCGUGGGCAUCGGAGCGGGCGGCGGUCUCUUGAUUGCGUUUCUUGGGGAUUACGGUUCCUCGACAGAUCUGGCCUCGGCUGUCUGCAUCUCGCCCAGUUACGACUGCCAGGAGCUCUAUGAAUCACGCAAAAUCUCCCAGCCGUACCACUGGCUGGCGUUGCAGCGUGCUAAGCUAUCGCUCAAGCGGCAUGCCGGCAACCUGGCCGAAGUCAUUGAUCCGGUAGCGGCCUUUGGCGCUUCGUCUCUCGCCCGUCUAGAAGAGGCCGUCUUCGCAAAAAUUCAUAAACUGCCGAGCAUGAACGACUACUGGGAGGUUAACAAUCCACUGCGGGAGGCGGACGAGAUCUCAGCUCCAUUGCUAUGUCUUAGCAGCACGGAUGAUCCAGUCCACCCAAGUGACCUCGUACCCUAUGACCUUUUCACCACGUUACCUGAUGUCAUGCUUGCCACGACCACACGAGGUGGUUAUUGUGGAUUCUACGAAGGCUUAAGACCUCAGUCAUGGGCACAUCGAGUUGCUGUGGACUACAUAGACACCGUGCUGAAAUACAUUGUUUCAAUUCGUGUGGGUACGAAUAACCAGACGACUCGACCAUAAUGUAGACGCUACCUUAGGCAUAUUUCAAUUUUAAAUGUACAUGUACUUGCUAUACUUUUCCAUUUACACUUGUCUUUAAAAUAUGUUCUUCGAAUGACUGAGGCUAUUUUGACGACGCACUCCAGCCUAAUCGAUAACAACAGUUCUAAAAUAUUGUCCUAUCGCGAGUUAGCCACGCCCUUUAAACAGCACUGUAGAAUUUUGUGCGUUGAGUUUUGUUUGUCUCAGAUUUUGCGCAUUCCGCGUCCAUUUUUGCAUAUGAUGUAACUGUACAGUAUUUCACAAGUUGGGUUAACACGAUUCUACCACGAUAGAUCAAUUUCUUUCGUGGGUUCAUCUCAUGUAGAAUUCUAUACGCCUGCUUGAGGCUGUCUAAGCAAUUUGCGAAAUAUUUGCUUAGGUUCCCCCGAGUAUAGCUGUCCAUAAAAGGGACUCUUCAGCUGAUUGUUCUUGGAAAUGUAAAUAAUGAAAAUGCAAUAAACAAGCCAAUUGAACCGGCAGCGCUGGUACAUGUACAAAACGUGUGAGUGAUAACGGGCGCUGAUUUUCAGUGUAAAUGACAACGCGCGGUGUAGGAAGACUUGGCGCUGUACUUUCACCGGAGGAUAUUUUCUGCCGGCAUGACUAAUAACAGUUACCCAUGUCUGUUGUCUGCAAAGGCUUAUCCAUGUUUUGGGUGGAAGAGAGCAAUAUGGAGAUGUUUCCCACAACGCUUGCCUGCGUUUUUCCGUCCCUAAAAGAAUCCUCAUCCGCAAGAAAUACGGUAGUAUCGUUUCUAAAGUGUUUGUGAUUUCAAUUGAAAAGAAAAAGGCAACCAGUCUCCGGGGAGAAACUUGUCUUCCCCCCCCCUCCGCUGAAUAUGCCACUGAUUUUCAACUUACUUUGGGGUACCUUCAGAAACGGUAGACGACUUUAUCUAGGUUUACCCUUCUUACUCGUUGGUUAUCUUUUUCUGCCCAGUGACAGUUUGCAUUGAUUCAAUCAUUUGUAUACUCGUUUUGAUGUUCUCAUUGUUAAACACCAGCGUAAAAAAGUCUAUGUAAAGUCGUUAUCGUUCUGAAAUCCAAGCACCUAACCUGCGCUCUUUCAACUCAGAAAAAAACUUGAAUUUUGUCGAAUAAUAGGUGAACACAAACGCCAUUCAUAUCGUUGCAUUGCUCCUGGUAUAGCAUCGUAGUUGUAACCAAAAGUGUAUUCAUAGAACAUGCCAUAUGCAUUUUGUUUGGUUUGGUUGACGCGAUAGGCGCAUUAUACCUUAAACAGUGGUAUCGAUAGAAUCUGCAGAAGUACACUUCAAACACUGGGGCGUUAAAAACACUUUUUGGUGUUAUGAGAUGGCCACACCAUAGGGUGCUACUUUAACACUGCUGGUGUUACUUUGCACACCUAUGAAUGUUACAGUGCACUGGAGGGUGUUAAAAGUGUUGGUGUAGUCCUCUGAUAACACCCGGGGUGUUAAAUUUAACAUCCCAGUUUUUGCAGUGUUUCCUACUUAUAAUCGCAAUCCUUUACGAGGAUGACAUUUUGGGGGAAUUUGACGUCCGGCGGCAAAGCCCAACAUAGAUCGACACCAUUUUAGCUGUCUCUGUCGCACUGUCCUAUCCUUGCCUUCAACACAACAAAAGAUUGCUGUGCCCGUUGAUCGUAACAGGUUUCAUUUCCCUUGGGGGAAAUGAAAUUAAGACGGUUACCUGUUAUUCUGUGUUAAACAUUUUAGCCCCCAAUCGGACGUCUUACAUUGUCAGCUCUUUUGCCGCCCAGAAUUUGACCUCAGUGCGGUCAGCUUUUUUGAAAACAAAGUCCAAACGAGCGGUGAUUUGUUUGCGGACGGCGUCUCUUUACUCCCCCUCAUUUGGGCGGAUGAGCCGCCAAAGAUUUUACCUUGAUGGCGGACAUCUGACUCGCUCGGUAUUUGCACCCAACAUCCAACUCAAAUAUUACGGGUGAAUCGAAAUAGUUCACAAAUGCCAAGAGUGCAGCUAUAUUGACUGGGAAAAGUCGCCGAACUAUUACAAUGUAUUCUGGACCUUAUACUCCUGUGUGAUGGAAGAAUCUUCCGUAAUAUCUUUUGCUCAGCCUUUUCUGUUCAGUGUCUUUGUUUUUGGAUUUUCAAUUUUUUUCUUAUUUGAACGAUAUGUCAGUGCUUUAGACGUAGUGAAAAAUGAAAAAGUACUAAAGUUCGAUUGUUGAGCUUCGCGCUUUGUUAGAUGACUGAGAUUUAACACAUUUUUCUUGUGAAUAAUUUAAUUGAUCCGUAUCAUUUUUUAGUCUUAUUUAUCAUUGUUUUGUCGUAGAGGGUAAGUCAGGUGAUAAUAUGAUUCCUUGUACCUUGAAACAGGUGGCUACAUUUUUGAUAAUCGGAAAAUGACCUUGACCAUUACAGUGCUAAUACCUGCAUUUCGACGUGUUUAAAGGCGCAAUAAAAUAAUACGAGUCCAGUCGCGAUUUAUCACCUGCGGCAGAAGUUUGUUUCCCUACCCUCCGACCUAAGAACAUAAAUAUCGCAGCUGCUACCAACAAAUUUGUCUAUUGUGUAAACAAACAUUUAGAUUUGAGACUUUUUAUACGACUUUUUCACGAUGGGUGUUUAGUAAAAUUGUGGCAACUGUUUAACAUUUGUAAGCCAACAGUGUCUGCUAUGUGCAAGCCUGCUCUGUAGUAUUUUUCAAAAAGUGCACAUGGCCUCGGUUUAAUAAUUAUAGUUCUCUUCUAAAAAUCAAUUGGCCAGGGUGGCCGCCCUUGAAAGUGACACAGUAAGACUGCCUGGUGUAGAAUUACACCCAAGCCCUUGCGUAUCAUUAUAUCAUAGUACCAAAGAAAGGUCGUCUUACCAUUAUUGCAGGUAUGACGAAAAUAGCCCACGAAUGAGGGAGGGUGAUUGGGAUCUAUUUGUGAGCUUCUAUAAGUGAUCCUGAAAGGUCAUCUUUUCAUGUGGGAUAAAUACCACAUCCGUCUUCAUGAACAAAAUAAAUGCCUGUAUUGGUUGACUAGUUGUAGCAGCAUUGCAUAAUAUCUAUCGAGCUUUAUUCAGUUCCUUUAUUAAAGGUUGCUCGUAUAGGAUAAGGAAUCUUGUAUAGGUACUAAUGCUCUUGCCCUUAGAUGAUUUCUGUUUAUACUUUCAGGUAACUGGGGGUUAAAUCCAACCCAAAUGCUUUUAGUCUAACACUUUGGAUGAAUGUCUGUUGCCGAUUUGUUCUGACAGACGACGUGUUGAUCAAUUUUUUUUCCCCGAAAGGAAGAUACCGAGGUUCUCCCUUAUCAGUCUCAAAAUGAAAGUCAUUUUCAACACGUCAAAUGUGAUUCGGGCACGCACUGUGAUUUUGUGCUCCCUGAGAAUUACAAGUACAUGUCAAACCAUUUCCUCGUCGAGGCAUGUCCGCCUUGACGUCUGACGCCCGCGGUUUUCACAAACAACGUAUUGAUCAUUGGGGAAUUCAAGGGACAGUUCGUUGAUCUGUUUCCCAUCCAAAAAUUGAGGUGCGGUUAAAAAAACGAGAACUGUACACGAUAUCAAUUAAACCCCCAAAUGGAUCUUCGCCCGACUGAAUUUCCUUCCUAACGCAACACAUUUAUCUCAAUUAAUGUCAGUCGGCUACAGUAACAGAUCAAGUGGGUUGUGUGUUAAGUGCCCACAAAUCACAUUUUCUGCCCUCAUCGAAUAGGUUUUGGAGCUAUUUUUGAUCAUCUCGUCCAUGACACACGCAGUACUUGCAGUUGACUGAGUGUAUGGGCUCAUAAUUGGUAAUAUCAAUGCCCGAAGGGUCACUGUUUUGCUGUCAAGUGCGCCAAGCCUCAACUCACAUGGAAGUGUAAUCAGAGUGACCUCUGAUAGAAAUCGAAAACACUCUUUGUCUUCUGUUAGCCACCAACAGGAAUUAAUGUCAAGGUGGCCUUGCAGAAACGCACGUUUGCGUGUAAUUUCACGCCCGUCUUUUUGCGAACAUGCAUGAUGAAACAAACCAGAAGUGAACAAAUCAAGUGUUUGCUUGCUGGAGAUUUCUUAAUUGCCUAUUUAAACCAAUAUUGUGCGGUUUCCUUAUCGGAACACUAGUCAUAUUUACAUGUAGAUAACAAGGGGUAAUAUCCUCAAAAUCUAUGUUUUUUUCCAAUGCUGUUUAUAUAAUCCUUGCUUCUGACCUGAAACAGCAGUGUACAUGUAUAGGCCCAAUCAUGCGUAAUGCUAUGCCAUCGAUAUUCAUUCAUUAAGCUCGUGACCUCGUUAUUUAUUUCAAAAUAUUUCAACUUGUUUAAAAAAGUUUGUUUAAAAGCAGUAUACUUGAACGUAAAUUUACUGAUUACAUUGAUUUUUUGAUGGAGAGGGCGUUUUUCGGCUGUUUAUUUCUCAUUAAACUAUCCAUCGACCGAAACGUGUGUUCUUAAAAUCAUCCUAUACGUCUUAGAAGGAAAGGCAGAGUGUAUAUGCUUUAAAUCAUUAACGAACAUGACUUGAUUUCAUUUCAUUUUUUUCAUAUUUCGAAAGAUGUUUAAGAUAUUCCCAGUUCACAAAAAUUGCUUAUUUCUUAGUGAUCUACGUUUGAAAGUCUCGAAAUUGGAAUAAAGUCUUCGCUUGAUAUUUUCCUUGAUCCUAUGA